AAGCAGUGAGCUUUACACUAGUGAGCCGUGAGCCCGUGACAAGUUUGUUUCUCUCCCGUAGUCCCACACUCGAACGAGAUGGCUGACGAGUACGGCCGCAGCGGCUACGGCAGGUCCGGUGCCGGCGACGACUACGACAACAAGACCAGCAACGAGGGCUACAACCGCCGCGAAGGUGGCUACAACAAGUCCGGCGCCGACGACUACGAGCACGAGCGCAGCAGCGGCCGCGGCGGCUACAACAAGUCCACCGGCGACGACGAGUACAGCGGCGCCGGGUACAAGAAGUCCGGAGGCGACGACUACGACACCGGUUACAACAAGCAGUCGAGCAACGAGGACUACGGCCGCAACAAGCCCGGCAGUGACGACUACGACCGCAGCGCCGGCGGGUACAAGAAGUCCGGCGGAGACGACGACGAGUACAGCGGUGGCGGGUACAAGAAGUCGGGUGGCGACGACGAGUACAGCGGUGGCGGGUACAAGAAGUCGGGUGGCGACGACGAGUACAGCGGCGGCGGGUACAAGAAGUCCGGCGGCGACGACACGGAGUACGGGUCGUCCAGGGACGAGACCGAGAAGUACAGGAAGGAGGAGAAGGAGCACAAGCACAAGGAGCACCUCGGCGAGAUAGGCACCCUCGCCUCCGGCGCCUUCGCCAUGUACGAGAAGCACCAGGUGAAGAAGGACCCGGAGAACGCGCACCGUCACAAGAUCGAGGAGGAGGUGGCCGCGGUGGCGGCUGUGGGCAGCGGCGGGUACGCGUUCCACGAGCACCACGAGAAGAAGGAGUACAAGGAGUCGGCGGAGGACGGCGAGGACGAGGAGUCCGGCCGCGGCGAGGGGAAGAAGAAGCACCACUUCUUCGGCUAAGCUAGCCAGCUGCUGCUAAUCGAUCCGCGAUUCAGCUAGCUAGCUAGCACACGUAUACGCGCGAGCGUGCGUCCAAUAAGAGCCGGGAAUUUGUGCGUAUAUACGGCUCGUUAUAUAUACGUACGUACGUUCGGUCGGUGUGCGUGUGUUGCUUUUUUUUUCAUGGGUGUGCGUGUGUUGCUGCUUACAACGUUGUGUGGAGUAUGUAUUUAACUUGCUGCGUGUCUACAUAUGUACUUGCUCUGUUUCUAAAUAUUUGUCUCUAUAGAGAUUUUAAUAA